UCUCUCAACAACUCUAUUUAAAAACAAGCCUAGCCCACUUCUUUCUUCCAUGCACUUGUCUUCUUCACCCACAGCACCCAUUUCUCUCCACUUCCCUCAAUUUUUUUUCCCGUUUUGUUCUUCUCUCUUCUUUCAUUUUGCCUAACUUAUCUCCCCCAUCCAUAACUUGUCUCAAACCACUUCUCCUUCCUCUCCACCUUUUAAAGCUUGCUUCGUAUCUCUCCCCAUUAUUCCACACCCAUCUUCUUCCACACAACUUACUCUUUAUUUUUUUUUCUCCUUCUGACAAUCCAAUCCUCUCUAGCCACUUGCAGAGGCUGCUGCUACCUCCUCUUAUCUAUCUAUCUGACACCAAAAUGUCAAGCAGGAGAUCGCGUUCAAGACAGCCAGGAGAUUCGAGGAUAAGUGACGAUCAGAUUGCUGAUCUCGUGUCCAAGUUACAGCAGCUUAUUCCUGAGAUUCGCAAUAGGCGCUCCGACAAGGUAUCGGCUUCUAAAGUCUUGCAGGAGACUUGCAACUAUAUUAGAAAUUUGCAUAGAGAGGUGGAUGACCUAAGCGAUCGAUUGUCUGCGCUUUUGGCUUCCACCGACACGGAUAGCGAUCAGGCUGCUAUAAUUAGGAGCUUACUCAUGUAAUACAGCCUUUUAUCUUUCUCUAUUUCUUCUUCUUCUUCUUCUACCUAGGGUUUGGUCUCUAGGCCACAAGGGUCAGCAUGGACUACAUAGCUAGCUCCUUGGUAUCCCUUUGCAGAGGCACUUGUAGUAAUUAAGUCAUAUAAUAAAAGGACUUGCACUUUAGAGUCCUCUCUCAUUUCCCAUUUCAUGGAGUUGUUCUCAAUUUUGGAAUUGAUUCAAAGCUUUUGUAUCUAGUUAAAGCAAUGCUCGCAUUGCUCUCGAUGGAAGAGUAAAUUUUAAGAUUAUCUUUUGCCCAUGAUUGCCAUA